AUGGCUUUCGACGCUCUACGCAAGGUCAGCGGCGCUUCCAGCCAUGCUGCACCGAUAGACGUGAGCACCACAUCAGCUCGCAUCCUCGACCCGUUUGGCAACUUUACCGGCGUCAUCUCGCUUCCCUCGCCACACGGUUCGGUGCGCUCCACAAAGCUCGUCUCGAUCGACGGGCAACAUGUGCUCGCCACAGACGACGACGAGUCAUGUCUGAUGCGUAGGUUCAGCAGCUACGACGACUUGCCGACAAAUCAGGCGGCGGUGCACGCCAGCUUUAGCAAUGGCGUUGGCGGACGACGCAAUCGGUCAGUAGAUGCAAGGUUGUCGCAUCGCAAGUCGGUUUCGUUUGAAAACACAGAUAGCAGCGCUAAGGUGGCAGCCGAGCAGGUCGACCAGGCAUUCAGUGGCACCGCACAUCCACCGCUCGCUCCGAUUGGAGAGAAAGCGUCGCCUGUCGUGAUGCCAGCUGAGCAGAACCAAGCUCACCGGGCUCAAGAGCCGACCGACCUUACACUUGACGCUGAGCGCAAGGCUGUGGAGCUAUUGGCUACCGCCGAGCGCACUUGCAAAGACAAGGCAGCAGUACGCGUGCUGGACACGCUCGCGCAUGCUUCAUCGAGUGCCAGCACUGCAUGCACAUCACCGCGCUACUCGGCGCAGCAACGAACGGUGUCGUCGUCCACGACAGCCACUUUGACCACGCAACCGAUCGACUCGCACAAGCAUGGCUCCCAACCAGCUGCGCCAACAGCGCCAAACAUGCUCCAACGCACAGCCAGCCGUCUGCGCGCUACCGCAAGUGCUGACACUACAUCAGAAGCUCGAGCUGCAACAACACAUACCAACUCGAAACACAGCCACCACCACCAAAAGCGCGAUUCGGUCCUGGGCAAAUUCUUCAAGGGCGCAACAUCCAGUCGUAAGCAAGGCAAGGUGUAA